UAUUUUACUUCGCGCUUCCAGCGGUUUCGAGCAAUUUCUGUGCACGGCGGAUAAACGCAGGAGCACCGCGAGAUACAGCGGCAGUCCAGAGUCUUCUAGAAACAACGUGCACCGGGGACAGGCACCAGCAAACAAACCCGCUCUCUCCGCACAACCUGACACAUUAAAACUCUGGACUAAACAUGGCUAAAUGGGGAGAAGGGGACCCUCGUUGGAUUGUGGAGGAGAGAGCCGAUGCGACUAAUGUCAACAACUGGCAUUGGACUGAGCGCGAUGCAACAACCUGGUCGUCUGACAAAUUAAAAUUCCUGCUCCUCGGUCUGGGCGUGGAGAACGAAGAGGGGAGUUGUGAGGUGACCGAAGUCACCAAGGUGGAAGGAGAGGCCUCCAUUAACAACCGCAAGGGGAAACUUAUUUUCUUUUAUGAAUGGAACCUGAAAGCUACCUGGACCGGAGAGUCAAAAGCAGGAGUCAAAUAUACAGGAACCAUUGAAGUUCCGAACCUUUCUGACGAGAACGACAUGGAGGAUCUUGAUAUUUCUGUAUCGUUGAAUAAAGAUGAACCUGAAACGCCACUGACCAACCUCAUGAAGACAAAAGGGGCUGAGAAAAUCCGCGAGGCCCUGGGAAGCUAUGUUGGCUUCUUAAAAACUGAGUUCACACAGGGAAUGAUCCUGCCUACAGCCAACGGUGUGGCCAAGGUGCCGUCCACAUCGCAGUCCAAGGCCAAGCAGGACAAAACUCGGAUUUCCUCCUCAGGGAGCACAACUGCUCCAGUCAACACCGGCGUCAAGAUCCCCACCUGUAAGUUCAGCAUCAAGGAGAAGUUCCUCACCUCGCCGCCGGAGCUCUACCGGGUCUUCCUCAACCAGGAGAUGGUCCAGGCGUUCACGCACGCCCCAGCUUCAGUGGAAGGAGAGCGGGGGGGAAAGUUUCGCCUGCUAGAAGGAAAUGUUUUCGGUGAAUUCACAGAGCUGGUACCUGAUGAGAAAAUAGUUAUGAAGUGGAGGUAUAACAACUGGCCCUGUGAGCAUUACGCAACAAUCACCAUGACGUUCCUGGACCGGAACAGCGAGACGGAGCUGAAGGUGGAGUGUCGAGGCGUCCCGGACAACGAGGAGGAGCGGACGAAAGAGGGCUGGAAGAGAUACUACUUUGAAGCUAUUAAACAGACAUUUGGCUACGGAGCGCGACUCUACUGAAGACGGUUCACUGUAGUUUGUGGUUUUCAUCCGUUUUGACAUUUUUAAACUUCUUGUUCUUCGAUCUCUCUGGCACACGAUGUCCCAUAAAGUCUAGCACGAGUUCAUGAUAGAGACGAUAAGUGGGGCCAUUUGUCACCCGUCUGUGUAAAUGUUAUCAUUUUUCAUCAUAUUUAAAUCUAGAUUCCCCCCGGCAGUAUUUGGGUCAGUUGUUCACAGGAGUGGAAAUGGACUGUGCCUUUGGGACUCGGGAGGGAAAAGGAUCUCAUAAAGCAAAGAAGAGUCUAUUGAACCACUAAUGCAAAUUGGCCUCCACUUCUAUAAAUAUGUAAUUAAUGCAAGAGUUCAGACACAUGUUGGCUUUUUGGUUAUUUUAAAAUUAUUGCUUUGAAAAGGAUUUUUUUUGUACUCGUUUGUUUUACUCUUCAAGUGUAACUGUAGUGAAGAUGCAUGUUUAAUUUCAAACUGCCAGACCGAGGAAUGACUACCGGAUAUGAACUGUACUCGUAAAGUCUGUCACUUAGAGCUAAGCAGUGAUGUUCUCUCGUUGUUUAAUUGAGACUCGAUGCUCAGAACGAGCCCGCCGUCUGUCAGGAAGAUGAGAUCCGCUCGGACCAUCAGCAGGAACCUCGGCGCGAGUGUUUGUUGAAAUGAAAAUGGAUGUUUCAAUUCCUCAUGCAGCCAGCUAGCGUAGUAACUCGAGACGCUUUGCUAGAUUUGGCUUCAAAAUGUAGAUUUUUCAGUAAAAGUUUUCAGAACAAAAUGCAUCUAUUUAUUCAUUUUCAUCCCUUCACCAUGUAAAAAGAUUAGUUUAUUGGAAUAAACCAAUCCCUGUAUG